CCAAACAAAAUCAAGCAUUUGGGAAGUGUGAAUGAAGAAGGCAUGAAUUAACGGCCGUCUGUUAAGAUAUCCUUCCCCGCCACCCAUUACUACCACCGCCAACUUCCCGCCGCGAGAUAAGACAAGUGUUUGGACGAAGGAGAGUAGAAGGGAAAAUAAGCAGUGGGGUUGCAUGAAAUCGUCUGAAGAGGAAUUGAUUACUACUAUCACUUGUUUAUUGUUUCUUGGCGACUACCUUAUUCGUUACUUUACCUGCCCGACGGGUUUUCUGAGUUUGGGUUGAGGCUCUGCUGGUUGUUUGUUUCGGAUUUUUGACGACGCGUGGUGCAAGAGGUGAGUGGUUUUUUGCGAUUGUAUUUCGUGGUGAGGACGUCUGCAUGAGAUGAGAAUCGACCGCGGGCUUGCUCAUGAGUCCUUUUCUUCACCUUUGUCCUAGAGCGAUAGGGAUAGAUGGAAAGAGAGGUCCGGAGUGUUUUCGAGGAGGGUCCUUGCAGAACUGCUAGCUGAUCCCGUGUUUUGUAGGACGAGCACUGAGAAGAGCCAGAACACAAGUCGUAAGAAGGAUGGCGUCACGGAGUAUCAGCAUGGGUCAGACGACGAGACCGUCCAUGGCGUCUAGCUCCGGCAACGCGAUGAAGACGCGGCAGUUGACACACCUCCAUUCACAGCUGGCGCAGCUGUCUGCUAAUCUUUCCGAUACGGAGAACCUGGUUCGUAUGACGAGCGUUCAGGCUGAGAGUAUGCGGGGGUUGGGGGCGUGGCAUGGCGGCAUGUUCAUGGCUGCGAGUAAGGUCCUUGGGGAGGAGGCUAUCAACCGCGAUGCGGCGGCGCAGGCGAGAGGCGGUCAGAGAUGAGAGAGAGCAUCUUUCGUAUUCAGGGAAGAGAAACAUGGAGCAAAGAUGCGAGAGGGCGGCUGAAUGCUGCGGGUCGCGAGAGGCUCUUCUAUGCGUUGUACCAAGAAGAGGCAGCCGCCAUUUGGCUGGUUUUCAUGACGAUCAAUGAGCUUCUGUCAAGUCACAGUGUGGGUUCCGUACCACGUAGGGAGGGUCUGGGGAGCCGCUGAGAUCCUUAGGUGAUGCGACGGUGCUGGAUGUGAAGGUAUUCAACUCGCCUUGUAUGGCACCGCGUCGGAAUGGGUAGUCGCCUUGCGUAUUGGUGUCAUCUACUUCCUUAGGCGCGUCCAUCUGUGGCAUGCAUGUUAUUCCUCCUACUCCCCUUAUGCUCUACAACUGCGAAACAUAGACUGCCGCCUCGGCAUGCUCCGAUUUUCAAUGCUUGCCAAUACUCGUCGCCAUGGUACUGGAC